UAAUUACAUAAAGGGUGACGUAACCCGCGUACGUCACAGUCAGCUGGUCGAUGAGGAAGUAAACAACAGUCAACUGAAGGGACAACAAGACGGAGAAAGGACCAGCUGUCCAAAUGACAUCUCUGAUUUGCACUUUACAAGACCAUCGAGACGAUGUCAACUGGUGUGCCUUCUCUGGCAAACUGUUAGCCACAUGUUCUGGGGACAAAACUCUCAGGAUAUACAAUACCCGUGACUUCUCGGAGCUGCCCUUCUCACCGCUGUCGGGCCAUGGCUACAGCGUCCACUGCUGCUGCUUCAGCUCCUGCGGACAGUUCCUUGCCUCAUGUUCAACCGAUGCAACCACGUUGGUGUGGUCCAUGGACACAGGUGAGAUCGAGGCCGUCCUGGAGCAUCCUGGUCGCAGUCCUGUGAGGAUCUGUGCGCUCUCUCCUGACUCUGCCUACCUGGUUUCUGGUGCAUCUGAUGGCACUUUGGCUCUGUGGGAUUUCCCCUCCAGACAGCUGCGCAGGACCGGAGCAGUGACUGACACAACGAUGGUAGCCUGCUCCUUCAGCCCCUGCAGUCAGGUGUUUAUGACCGGCUCUACCUAUGGAGACCUGCGUCUGUGGGACCUUGACAUGCACCAGCUCCACGCAGAGAAAAAUGCCCACGACCUGGGGGUCACCUGCUGUGCCUUCGCUCCCAGCAUCCUCAGUGGGGAUAAAAUGGUGCAGUUUCGUCUGGCAUCAUGUGGGCAAGACAGUCAGCUUAAGAUCUGGGCAAUUAACAAGUUCAGCUCUGGAGCUUAUAAAAUGCAGCUCCUUCACACGUUAAGUAGCCAGUCGGCUCCGGUCCUCUCCUGUGCGUACUCCUCAGAUGGGCAGUUGCUGGUGUCUGGCUCUGUGGACAAAACAGUUACAGUGUAUGAUGCUAAGAAUGGAAUUUUGCUUUACACUCUGAACCAGCACGAGAGGUACGUGACAGCAUGCGCCUUCUCUCCGACUUCACCACUGAUUGCUACAGGAUCCAUGGAUAAAACUGUAAACAUCUGGAGACUGGAGGACGGAUGCAGUGGCCAUGUCGGGAAGUCGAUGCUUGAGAAUUCUGCUCUGACGUCAAGUGACGGGAGAACCUCAUUGCGCAGAUCGAAGCUGCUGGUCAGCGAUUGGUCGGAGGAGGAUGUGUCAGUGUGGCUGGCGGAGGAAGGCCUCGAGGGAUUGGUGGGCACAUUCACAGCCAACAACAUAGAUGGGACAGAGCUGCUCAAUCUCACCAAGGAAACGCUGGCGUCAGAGCUGCACAUAGAGUCAGUUGGCCUGCGCAAUAAACUCCUGAGAAAGGUGGAGGAGCUGAAGAGUGAUUCACUGUGUUCAGGCAUUCCUGAUGAGUUCCUUUGUCCAAUCACCAGAGAGCUGAUGAGGGAACCAGUCAUUGCUGCUGAUGGAUACUCAUAUGAAAGAGACGCCAUCGAGAGCUGGAUCAACACUAAGAACCGCUCCAGCCCCAUGACCAACCUCCCCUUACUGACCACUCUGCUCACCCCUAACCACACCCUGAAGAUGGCUAUUGGCCGCUGGAAGACCAGCCACUAGCAUCUGCAACACCUUUGACCCACAGUGCUCCAAAUAUUUUCCCUAAAGUAGACAGAAACCAGAAUACAGUGCUCCCAGGGAUGCCACAGCAUGUCAGAUACAAGUGUGUGUGAUUUUGUUCCAUUUGUGGCACUUUUUUGCAUUCAUUUGUAAAGCUGCAAUUUUUGAACACUGGGGAGGAAAAUGGCAAACUGUAAAUGUACUUUCGGCUUAUGAUUUUUUUUUAUGGCUAAAAUGUUGCCGGCUUACACAUCAAGUAGAUACAGAGCAAUAUGGACAUCCUAGGGGAGUGCUCUUUUUUUGAGCACCACAAGAAUGCAAGUUUAAAGUGGCUAUAAUUAUUAUUAUUUUUAUAUUAACAAAGCUUUAUAGCAAGCUUCACGUCUUUUUAGCUCUCCAGCCUGCAACUUUACUAUGAUAUAUAUAACUGGUGAACAUAGUGGAGCUAGAGCUAAAGAGACAGAGUUGGUAGAGAGAGUUAAUUUUGGACUAACAUUCACCAGGUGGCCAAAAACAUGACUCCAAAUGAAUGUUCAUGUUGCUCUGUAACUACUGGAUAUAAGGAACUGUUUGCUGACAAGUUUGCCAUAUUAAUCUAAAAGGUGAUAUGUCAACGUUUUCACAACUCGUCUCUGCUGCCCCCAAGUGGCAAAAAAAUGUGUUUCUGCACGUUUAAUAUUGACUUGCCUUUCAUCUAAGUUGGUCUGCCUAUUACUCAAAAGUACCUUACUACUUUCUUGCUUUGCUAAAUGCUGGACUUUCUUUACCAGCCACUCAUUUACUUUAUUUUCAGGUCAUUUUUGAGGUCUGUACAGAAAAAGCAUGCCUAUAAAGAAUUACACAGUAUGUCAGCAAGACUGCAGGCUCCCAAAUUAAUAAUAACAUUUAGUUUUUUAUAAUCUUCAACAGGUUCACAAUUUCUGGUGAUCUAGCUAGCAGGUAUCUACACAGGUAGAUAUUUUGCUAAACCUAAUUUUUUUAAAUCUUAAAACUUUUUCACUUUCAUUUUUAUUUUAUUUUGGUGACCACACACAAGUGGUUUCCACUGCCUCGUUUUAUUGGUUUCAAGGGAAUCCAACCCAGUGGCAUAUAUAUAUAGAUCUGAAUAACCAAAAACAAUGAGCUGUAAGUGAAAGCUACAUAGAGCUACAACCUGGGGUGUUGGAUUUACGGUUGGAUCCGUAAUAAAACAACCCCUAGAAAUAUAGUUUACUGGAGCUUUAAUUGCAAAUUAGUAAUGAUUGUUAUCUUUCUGAAAACAACUAUUUCCACUACCUGCUGGGAAGCAUUACAUAUAUUACAUACAUAUAUGUGUUUUUUUAGGUUGUCUGAACAUUGCAGGACCUUGCUUAUAACAAACCGUAUGGGAAUAGUGCUUGGCCAAAGUAGUUGAGGGUUUACUUUCCUGUACAAGCUAACAUCCAGCUUUUGAUGAUAUCAAUGAAGACAUUUCCGCAAUAUUCAGAAAUUGCAGUGUCAGCAUUUUAUAUACAAGUAAUUUAAUUUGAUGGCUUACUUACAGGUUAGGUUUUACUGUAAAGGACAAAACCUUUCAUCCAUCCAUACACACUAGGCAACAUUUUAUGGAUUUUACUGUGAAAGAAGUAGAUGUAGAAAUGUAGUCCUCCAUUAAUAUUUUAUUAUACCACACUAAUGAUGUGGUAACAUUCUGUAAUCCAUAGUAUGACUCUGAAAAGGGUAUAUGAUAACUAUGGACAUACAGCAGUGUAAGACGUCUCUUAAGAGUUGUUAUACUGCAACUGUUGCUCGUGUAAUUGCUCUCUCUGUGUCCAAAUAAAUCAAUAAACACUC